CGUGGGGAGAAGGGGAGGAGGAAGGAGGAAGGUAGGUUAGUUUAAGUUCUUUUUUUAAAAAAGGUAGCAGACGAAGGAGGAAAAGAACCACCCUCAAAAUCUUUUUUUCACGCUGAUUGGUCGCCUCGGAGGAGUCUUGCGUGCUGAUUGGUAGAAUGCAAUGCGACUCAUACACAUCCCUUGGCCUUUCUGUGUAUGUGUUGUUUUUUUACUCACUGAUCUCUACACGCACACAUGGAAAGUUCCCGCCUCCGCUUGGAGUAUGUUUCAGUGUGUGAAGCGGUGAUUGGAAGACGCCCAAGACCCGCCUUCCACUUCUCCCGCUCCGCUCUCCCUCUCACACACAAACACACAUACCCCUCUAACGGCUCACGGCUCGCUCCUGACAGCUAUUAAUUACUCCGCCUCCCAUUGGCUCCGCCUCCUGCCUAUCACUCUGAAAGACCCGCGCCACGCACGUACCAACCCACCCCCGUCCCCGCCAGCCGCGGACAAGGCUGUGGAUUGGGCCACCUGGAGAAGCAGCCUUCGACUGCGAUUGGUUCCUCUUCCGCCGGCUCCUCCAUUCUCAGAACUUUACUCUCCACACACACAAAACACAGAUAUACACAGAGCCCCGCCCCCGCGCUGGACGAAGCGCCGCCUCGCACCUCUCGCUUUCCCCCCUCUUUGCCCCCCUCCCUCCCGCAACAGGAGGAGGAGGUCACGUGAUGUUUUCGCCGUGGUGCCGCCAAGGCUGCCUGUUUGGAGUGUGAGAGCGAGCGAGGAGUGAGGAGAAACCGGCGGCGCGUUCCGACCGGCUGGGAGUGAGUGAGUGGGUGGUCGGUCGUCGGUGCCGGGAGUCUCCCUCACGGCCUGUCUGCCUGCCUAGCCUCUGCGGAGAACUGCCGGCGUGGAGGACCCCCAUGUCCAGCCGGGCCUGGGAGACCCUUCUCUUGUGAGGGCGGCUUCCCCCUCUUCUUCCCCCCCUUUUCCCUCACUACACAAACACACGUCGCCUCGCUCAGCAAUUUGGACCCUGCCCCUGGCCCCUUAAGAUGGCGAGCGGGAUGCUUGGCGGCGGCGGGGAAGGCGGCUGCACCGCGUUGGAGGGGAAAGACGAGGCGGCGGGCAUCACCACCGGAGCACCAGGAGGCGGCGGCGGCGGCUUCAACCACAGCCAGGGGGCCAACGCGUCCAGGCUUACUACUACUACUGCUGGUGUUGCAGUUGAGGAGGACCAGGAGCUGGUGGAGGAGAGCGCGCCUUGCCCGCCCCCUGCUCAGCCCCCGCAUCAUCUGAUGCUUCUGCUGAGGAGAUCCCCCAGCAGCUCCCUCUGCCUGGUACAGGAAGAAGAUGCCUCGCUACCUGGGGGGAACGCGGCCGCGGGGCGAGGAGGAGGGGGCGCCGCUACCGCUGCUUCUGCUACUUGCGUGGGGCGAGGCGGCCCCUCGGCGCCCUCCAGCCGGGCGGCCGCAACUCCCUUUGGGGACGACGUGAGGAAAUGCGGCUACCUGAGGAAGCAGAAGCAUGGCCACAAGCGGUACUUCGUGCUGCGGGCGGAGAGCCACCUGGCCCCGGCCCGGCUGGAAUACUACGACAGCGAGAAGAAGUUCAAGAGUAGCAUGAGGGCAGCUGCAGCGGCUGGGGGAAAUGUGGCCCUCUGUUGCCCGCCUCCCAAGCGGGUCAUUCCUCUCUACCAGUGCUUCACCGUGAGCCGGAGGGCAGAUGCCAAGCACAAACACAUCAUUGCCCUGUAUACCAAGGAUGAGUAUUUUGCCAUGGUGGCUGAGAGUGAGGUGGAACAGGAGGGGUGGUACCAGGCGAUCAGUGAGCUCAUGAGUCAGAGCAAGAGGGGGUUCUUGGAGCAGGAAGACCAGGCCGAUCCGCAACUGGAUGAUGACGAUGAACAUUAUGGGGCUGCUCUUAGGCCGGGGACUGUGUUCAAGGAAGUUUGGCAAGUCAAUGUGAAGCCCAAGGGAUUGGGGCAGACAAAGAACUUGACUGGAGUGUAUAGGUUGUGCCUCUCUAGCAAGGCCAUCCACCUUGUCAAAUUGAACACUGAGGUACCCUCUGUCCAUUUGCAGCUAAUGAACAUUCGUCGGUGUGGGCAUUCAGAAAACUUCUUUUUCAUUGAGGUGGGCAGGUCUGCCUCCAUUGGGCCAGGUGAGCUUUGGAUGCAGGUGGAUGAUUCAGUGGUUGCCCAGAACAUGCAUGAAACCUUUCUAGAAACUAUGAAAGCUUUGAAAGCUUUCUCUGAGUUCAGACCUCGCAGCAAGAGCCAGUCUUCUGGUGGUGGUAGCAGCACCAACCCCAUUUCCUUUAUCACUACCAGGAGGCACCUUGGCAACCUGCCACCUAGCCAGACUGGCUUACAGAGACGAUCCAGAACUGAAAGUGUUACUGGGGGGACCCCUCCCACCACUAAGAGUAGUAGUUCUUACCGCUUCAGAACUUCCAGUGAAGGGGAGGGGACAAUGACCAGACCAUUUAGGUCAGUUACUGGAAGCCUGAUUCAUCUGAAUACAGCAAGGAUGAAUUUGGGGCGUCAAGAAGGAAGUGGGAGAUAUGUUAGAGCAGCAUUUAGCUCGUCUUAUCACACCAGGUCUGCCUCUCUGCCAGUAUCUCAUUUCCCUUCUACUACUAGUCCCAUCAGUGUUUCUUCAAGUAGUGGCCAUGGAUCAACUUCAGAUACCUUUGUAAGGCCUUCCAGUUCAUCUGUCUGUGGGUCCCCGAGUGAUGGAGGUUUUAUUUCUUCAGAUGAAUACGGUUCCAGCCCUGGAGACUUCAGGUACUUCCGUGUGAGGAGUAAUACCCCAGAUUCUUUGGGCAAUACACCACCAAUAAGAGAAGAAAAUUGUUUAAGUGAAUACAUGUCUAUGAGCAAGCAGCAAAUGGAUAAUAAUAGUUCAAGAGAUGAUUACCGGGAGGCUGAAAAAUGUUUCAGAAAAAGAACUUACUCUUUAACUAAGCCUGCUUCUGUUCCAGUUCAGCAGAAAACAACCCAAACUGCAGUUUCAUUAGAUGAGGAUUCUGCAGGAAGCCAUGGACGUUUGCCUUGUUCUGAAUCGCCAAAAUUCAAAAAUAACCCUGAACUGUAUGGGGACUCUGCCCUUGAUUCUGUAUGCAAUCAAACCAGGAAUAAAGCCAGAGAUGAUGGAUACAUGCCAAUGAUGUCAGGAGUUGCAUCUACUCUUGCAAACAACAAUUAUCUGCCAAUGAUGCCUAAAAGUGUGGCUGUUCCAAAACAGAUAAACAGCUCUUGGCCAUCACCUCAGGCUGACUCCAAAGGAUAUAUGAUGAUGUUUCCUAGAGCCAUCUCUUCACCUGUACGUAGUCCUUUAACUGGAUAUAAUUCUAAAAGUGCAAAUGAGAAACUGGCAAAUAGUGAGUAUAUGGAUAUGUCACCUGGAAACUCCGCUGCUCCAAAGCAACCUGGUGAUUCAAAUUAUAUGCAUACCAACUCUGGUUCCAAAAACUUUGGCUCUUACUUCUCUCUCCCACGAAGCUUUAAGACUCUCUCAGGGGAAAACGGUGACCUUGAUGAGUAUGUUCCAAUGUCAUCACCUGGAAAAUUACUGUAUGGUGGAGCUGAAAAUGACAAUGUCAGUAAUGAAGUUCUGGCUAAUGGCCAUUCCAAAUCUAUCCUGAAAGCUUCAGAUGAAGGCCUUACACAGAACAGAGUUACCAGGCCUACAAGACUUCCACUAAGUACUAGAGGAAGUAACACUAUACCAAGAAUGUAUGAUCGUACAAUUCCACUUGAGCCAUCUAGCCCUGGUGAAUAUAUAAAUAUUGACUUUGGUGAAAAAGCAAGUAAUACACCUUAUUCUUUAUCUGCAGAAGGAUCUCCAUCAUCUCUUGGCUCCAGCAGUGAUCAUAGGCAGUCACCGCUUUCUGACUACAUGAGUGUUGAUCUUGAUGUUCAGUCACCAAAGGCUGCUAAAGAACUAUCCAACUCCUUGACAGAUAUUUCAAUUUAUGCAAGUUCUAGUAUACCCAGAAAUCCACCUGAUGCUGAUUAUGCUAGGCUCUUGUUUGGUACUGCUUGUGUUAGCACAGGAAGUGGUAGGAUUGAUGACUACACUGAGAUGACAUUCAACAUGGCAGCAACACCACCUGGAACAUUUACCACUGAAAGUAAAAAUGGCUUAAAGAUUGAUAGUCCUCCUUCCAUUGUUAAUAGACUAUGUAUUGUUGACCAAUAUACUAGUAGCAAUGACUUCUCUGUUCCUAGUCCUGAUCCUCCAGUAGUACCUAAAGUUAUUCGUGCUGAUCCGCAGGGAAGGAGGCGGCAUAGCUCUGAAACAUUUUCUUCUGCUGGCACUGUUACCACUUCCUCCUCUUUCUUUACUGACAGUAGUAAAAGGCACAGCUCUGCCUCUUUUGACAAUGUGUGGUUGAAACCUGAAGAACACAUUUCAGAUGGCCAUGAAAGCAAGAUGUCUAGAGACACUUCAACUGGAUUUCAGAAUGGCUUAAACUAUAUAGCUCUAAAUUUACGAGAUAAUUCUUUAAACUGUGAGGAAAGCCCUAGUUCACCAAAUUGCCACCUCUCAAAUGGUACUUUGAAUCUGGAAAGUGGAGUGUAUGUAAGCAUAGACUUCAGAUCAGAUGGUUUGAAGUACAACUCUGCAAGGAAAGACUGAUGGCAUUACCAUGGAAACCAUUGUGAGAAGAGCAGGCUUUCCAGCUGGUUUCUCCAUAACUGUGUGGUGCUUUUGGAAGCAGAGCCCAUCUCCAGCCAACUCUGUUCACUUCCACCAGCACAGACAUGGACAUAUUGGCAAUGAUUUUUCAUCAAGUGUUGGUUGAGUCUGCAGUUGUGCUUAUCCGAAUGAACUUUGGUCAUAGAUGAGUUUUGAUGAUGGAGCUUCUUUCCUCCCCUUAGCAUAACUGUCUGGGAGACAAGGUGAAUGCUGGAAUUGAAAUGACAAGUUCUUGUGCUCCUUCCACACUGUCCCCCCCUAAGUUUUUGUUUUGAGAAGUCACUUGCUGUCUGAGAAUCUGCCUAAUAAGGGUUUUGCUCUCCUAGUACUUGAAGUGAUGGUUUAGAUUUUUUUUUUCCUUUGGCAGUUAUAAACUAUUUUGAGGGGAUGGGAACAACAGACUAAGGCUACGAUCCUAAGCAUGCUUAUUUGUAAGUCUCAUUGAAAUAUAUAUAUAUAUAUAUUUGGGACUGGAGGCCUGUGGCCAAUUUUUCUGGAGAGUAAAAUGCCAAUAAACGCAACCUUUCCCACCCCACUACCAGAGAACCUCUCCCCCAUGCAUGCACUUUCUGCUGCCUGUCUGUUUCUCUUCCAUGCACCGUAAGAGGAGCUUGUUUACCUUCACCCACUUCAUGCUGUGGCCGGGACAGAAAAGUCAGAGAACGUACCACUUCUCUGCCACUCACCCUGGCCCUUAGCAUUUGUGGCAGCAUUUGCAAAGAAGUCAUUUAUUGUUUGCUCUGUCAGUGCCCACUUUGAGAACAGCUGCUGCUAGAGCAUACCAUAAAGAUAAUUUGCAAUUUUUGAGGACUGAGUGGAUUGAGAGUGUGUGUGUGUACACAGCAUGGCUCUUCCUCCCUUUCCAGAGAGUGAACAAGGCAGGUAAAUCCUAUCUUAAUCCCUUACACAGUUACAUGAAGUAAGCACCACUAAAAUCAAUGGGACUUACUGACAGGUCAACAUGCAUAGGACCAGUCUGUAACCAAGUGUCUGUCUUUCUCACAUACUGUUUGUCUCUGGCUCCCUUCUUGAGAGGGAGGCACAUGUGUGGGUUGAUGUGAGACUUCACAGCCACAAGAGUGAUAUCCUAUAAGGGAGAGAAAUGGUACCUAUCUGAGAACUAAUUUUUUUGUUGUUAAAUUUCACUUUAUGAUACGAGAGGUUUGUGAAUUCUCUUGUCUCUUUAUUUUUUUAAUACUCCUGUAUCCUCUUCAAUUGAAAAUUGUUAAGAAUAUCUCAAAUGUAAAGGUAGAACUGAAUAAUUGGUUGUAUCUUGAUUAUAGUUAAAAAUUUAUCUUAUCUCCCUGUAUAGUUUUUGCUAUUAAUUAUACAUUUUGGAUUAGCAGGGAGUUGAUUUCUUUAUAAGUUCAAAUGGAAAAAAAUGCAAACUCUGCACCUGUAUAUUACCCCUGCAUUACAAUGUUGAUGUGCUGUAGAGCUUUUAGAGAGAGACCACUUUAAACUUUGAAACGACCUUUUUAUUUGGAGCUUCUUUUUUCUUCCAGAAUUAGAAAAAAAUAUGCCUAAUGUGGGGAAAGGAAGACAUGUUCUUACUAGGAGUAUGUUUAAAAUGGGGAAUUGAAAAUUAUAGUCAGAAGUCCGGUGCCUCACUUAAUAGGCUUAAGUCAUUAAAGAGCAUGACACUAGUUAUUGGUACUGGCACUAGUUAUUGGUACCUGUAGUAUAUCCUAAUAAUUAGAAGCACUGAUAACUGAAAGGGUUGAAAGCAGUAAACAAAUCCUCAGGCACCACACAGCUGGUAUUCCUCUACGUUGUAUAUUGUACAAGUAUUGAGUAAGGGUUGCCUCACCUUUUGACAUCUGACCUUUUCAAAGUACUAGACCAGUUUGUAUAACAAAUUAGACCCUGCUGUCAGUUUUGAUGUUCAUUACUGUGUACUGGAAUCUAUUUUUGGUUAGUCUUAAUAUACAUGUCACAAAAUGAUAUAAGUAACUUUUGGCAAAUAUAGUUGGUAUCCAUGAGUUCAUGCAGAACCCAGUAAUUGGAAGGAAAAAUAUAUGCUGCAGAGUUUAAAAGCACAGAUGAGUUUCUGAAUCUAGAAAAGCAAGGUUCUUAAGAGUACACUUCACUAGUUGCUGCUAAACAGAUUUUAACUUAAAAACAUGACCACUUUUCUAGACCACAAUACUGUCUUGCCAUGUACAUUUUGUUUGGACUCUGUAAAUUAACAAUGCAAUAGGUACUGACUUUUUUUAAAAAAGCUUUACAUCUUUUUAUUUAAAAAAUGAAAUUUGGGUGAUAAUUCAAAAGAUGAAUAGUGAAAAAGGUUUAAAAGAUGUUACGUUCUUUACAUAUGAGAUCCUGAGGCUACCAUGGUACAAUAUGCAGCACUGAUUUUACAAAUGCUGAAUAAAUAAGCAAACCUCAACUCUACUGGUACAAAUACUAACAGGUACAGCAUAAUAAAUAUGCAAUCUUUUUUGUCUUAGUUUACAGCAACUAACUUAUUCAGUAUUGUGCUGGAAGACCAUUUUCCAACUAUGUAAAACAUAUCACUAUGUGGACAACCUUCCAGCCACCCGUUUUAUGCUGCUGUAUAGUACAGAAAAACCAAUGAUGGAACAAUGUUUGUCCUGUAAAUUUUAAUUUGAUAUUGACAGUUAUUGUCUGUACAAACUAAAACAUAUAUGGUUAAAACUGUUCAUUAUAUUUGCUAUUUCUGCUUCACUGAUCUGUUUGAGCUGAUUGAUCCGGCUGUGUCUUCCAUUGUAAAUAUUGUUACAUUGUUUUUCAUGGUAAAAUGCAGCACAUUUGCAAUUUUGGGAGACUGGCUUGAAGCUCUGUAUAGUGUUUAUAUUUAUCUGAAUUGGCUUUCCAUAGAGCUACUUGCAGUAAAUGUGUUCAUGGUA